ACUAUUAACGCCACCUGGUCCAGAGUUCAAAGUGUUUCACUUGAGCGAUCAAUAUAGCAAAUUCAUGCGUUCAAGUUGAUUACCUCACUGAAUCAGAUUAUUCCUUCUACUCUUAACCAGUGCCACUUUGAGCCCCAACUCAUCUGCAUGCUAUGGAAUUCAGUGGGGAAAGAACUCUUUGGAGUUUUGUGGAUGAGGAGAAAAAGAACAUAAACUUGCCAAGGAGACUUUCAUUUGGAAACCAGGAGCUUGAUUCUCAUUUGGCUUCCGCAAGAACAUCUUGUGCUUCUGCCGCAUCUUUCCCACUCUGGCCGAUGAGCCCUGAGACCCCGUGGACCAGAUCUCCGUUGCAUGCAUCCGCAUCCCCAAACUCAUCUCUUCUCUACCAUUGUAUAGCCUCUCUCCAUCGCAGUGAAGGUAAAAUCUUCUCCAUAGCCGCAUCAAAAGGCUUUGUCUUCACUGCGUCAGACAGCAGAAGGAUCCAUGCAUGGAAACUUCCGGAUUGCACGGAGAUGGGAUACAUCAAGGCUAAAGCUGGGGGAAUUCGAGCCAUCUUGGCUCAUGGGAAGCUGCUCUUCACUGCGCACGGCGACCACAAAAUCCGGGUUUGGGACAUGCCACCAACAGAAAACUUUCAACACAAGAAAAUCACCACCUUGCCAAGAAGAUCUUUCCUGGUGUAUGCUAAAAUGAAUAUCCAUAAAGACUCUAUAUCAUGUAUGGCUUACAACCACAUGGAAAACCUUCUGUACACAGGUUCCUGGGACAAGACAGUUAAGGUGUGGAAAAUCAGAGAAAAGCAAUGCCUCGAUUCGUUCGAGGCUCACGAAGGUAAUGUGACUGCAAUUGUGAUAAACCAAGAAGACGGCUGUGUUUUCACGGGUUCUUCAGAUGGAACGGUGAAAAUAUGGCGAAGGGUUUACCGUGAAAGCUCCCACAUUCUCACAAUGACCCUAAAGUUUCAACCAUCACCGAUAAAUGCCUUGGCUUUGAGCUCGUCACCUGGCGGUUGCUUCCUCUAUUCUGGCUCGUCGGAUGGGCUCAUAAACUAUUGGCAGAAGGAGAGAAUGUCCGGGAGGUUCAAUCAUAAAGGAUUUUUACAGGGUCACCAUUUUGCAGUUCUUUGUUUAGUGUCGAUUGGGGGCUUGAUCUUGAGCGGUUCUGAGGAUGCCACCAUAAGGAUAUGGAGAAGAGAGGACGGAGAUUCCUUCCAUUCAUGUCUUGCGGUCAUUGAUGGCCACCAUGGGCCAGUGAAAUGCUUAGCGGCUUCACUAGAAACCGCUGAUGUAUUGAUUCGACUGUUAGUUUACAGUGCUAGCUUGGACCAAACUUUUAAGGUAUGGCGAGUUAAAGUAUAUCCAGCUGAGAAUGUGAACUUGGAAAAGUCAGAAGCAAAGCAUAGCCAAGUAGAAAUGGAGUGUCAAAUGAGUCCAGUACUAUCUCCUUCAUGGGUGGAGAGGAAAAUGCAGGGAAGCCACUUUGAAUAGGAUAAUGAUAAAAUACAUGAACUUUACAUGCAUGUUUAUCUGAUAAUCCUGUUAAGAAUUUAGGUUAUUGUAGAUGACAGCAGUGUACGUAGUGUCCGAUAAGAUCUAGUUUCAAGUAGAAAUAGAACUGCAAAAUAUUGAGUUUAUACUUGAUUCGUUUCAUAUCUUUUCUUAGUUCUGUGUGAGAAUCUAGCUCCAUUUAUGCAGGCAGAUUAU